AUGUUAGAGAUUAGUAUCCGAAACUUGAUGGUAAUUUCUGAAGGUAAUAAAAUCUUCGAUGCAUCACAAUAUGAGUUUUUCGGUCAAAAUGUUUUGGAAGAAGUGGAGUUGGGGGGUUUAGAAGAGGAAGGUAAUGGUCCCGCAUUUGGACCUGCUGAUGAUGAGUACCAUUUGUUUGACAGAGACGAGGGUGCAGGUAUCGGAUCUUUGUCUGAGGUGGAUGAUCUGGCAACCACUUUUGCAAAGUUGAAUAGAGUUGUAACGGGACCGAGACACCCGGGAGUUAUUGGUGAUAGAGGAUCUGGAUCUUUCUCAAGGGAAAGUUCAUCUGCUACCGAGUGGGCACAAGAAGGAGAUUAUGGUAACUGGUUAGAUCAGCAUAUAUUUGACACAGAAAGUGCUCAAGAGGAGAAACGGUGGUCAUCACAGCCUCAGCCUUCUGCUCGUCAUGCGGAACCAAACUCUUUGCACAGAACAUCCUCAUACCCCGAGCAGCAACCGGUGCUGCAUCACUACAACAGUGAACCAAUUCUAGUAUCCAAAUCAACUUUCACGUCUUUCCCUCCUCCUGGAAGCAGAACAGAACAGGGUUCACCACACCACCUGAAUAUAUCUUCUCUUGGUGGUGGUCCCCAGAUGCCCUUCUCUGCACCAAACCUCUCUCCUUUAUCUAACUCUAAUAUUCAUUUGGCUGGUUUAUCACAUGGGUUGCAUUACGGUGGGAAUAUGCGUCAGUUCAACACUGCUGGCCUUUCUUUUAAUAGCAGGCCGCAGAAUCACUGGGUCAACCAUGCUGGUCUACUGCAUGGGGAUCACUCUAGCCUUUUAAAUAACAUUUUGCAACAACAGUUACCUCGACAAAAUGGGCUCUUGUCCCCCCAAAUAAUGCCACCUCAGCAGCAGCUGCAACAACAGAGACUGCACCAUCAGGUUGCACCCUCUUUGGCCCAUUUUGCAGCAAUGCAGUCCCAACUGUAUGCUGUCCAUCCGUCAUCCUCACAUAAGACAAUGCUUGGAUUGGCUGAUAUGAGAGACCAAAGACCCAAAUCACAAAAGGGCAAACAUAGUAUGCGUUUUUCUCAUCAAGGUUCUGAUACUGGUAGCCAGAAAAGUGAGAGUGGGUGGGUCCAAAUCAGAUCCAAGUAUAUGACAUCUGAGGAAAUAGAGAGUAUUCUUAAAAUGCAACUUGCUGCUACACAUAGCAAUGAUCCAUACAUAGAUGACUAUUAUCACCAAGCAAGUCUUGCCAAAAAAGCUGCUGGGUCAAGGUUGAAACACCCUUUCUGCCCAUCUCAUCUGAGGGAGCUCCCUUCUCGAGGCCGUAAUAGUACGGAACAACAUCCUCAUCUCCCUAUUGAUGCUCUUGGUAGGAUUCCUUUCUCUUCUAUACGUAGGCCUCGACCCCUCCUUGAAGUUGAUCCUCCUCCCUCCGCAUCUGGCGAUAGCUCAGAACAGAAUGUCUCUGAGAAGCCUCUGGAACAGGAACCAAUGCUUGCUGCUAGAAUCACCAUUGAGGAUGGCAUUUGUCUUCUUCUUGAUAUUGAUGAUAUUGAUCGGCUCUUACAAUUUAGUCAGCCCCAGGAUGGUGGGACUCAGAUCAGGCGAAGGCGGCAGAUCCUGCUAGAAGGUCUGGCAGCAUCCCUUCAGCUUGUAGACCCGCUUGGAAAAAGUAGUCACACUAUUGGGCUGACUUCCAAGGAUGACCUUGUGUUCCUACGGUUGGUCUCUCUUCCCAAGGGUCGAAAACUCCUUUCUAGGUUCCUUCAGCUUCUCUUCCCUGGUAGUGAGCUUGCCCGUAUUGUUUGUAUGGCUAUUUUCCGUCAUUUAAGGUUUUUGUUUGGUGGCCUUCCAUCUGAUACAGGAGCAGCAGAGACAACUACUAAUCUUGCAAGGACAGUUUCCUCUUGUGUUAAGGGUAUGGAUCUGCGGGCACUGAGUGCUUGUCUUGUUGCGGUUGUUUGUUCCUCAGAGCAACCACCACUCCGCCCUGUUGGAAGUCCUGCUGGAGAUGGGGCCUCCAUUAUUUUGAAAUCUGUCCUUGAUAGGGCGACUGAGCUCUUAACUGAUCCUCAUGGUGCUGGCAACUGUAGCACACCUAAUCGUGCCCUUUGGCAGGCCUCAUUUGAUGAAUUCUUUACUCUUCUUACCAAGUAUUGCCUGAGUAAAUAUGAAACUAUAGUGCAAUCGAUAUGUUCACAGACCCAGCCAAACACAGAAGUCAUCGGAUCAGAGGCAGCCAGAGCUAUCGGCAGGGAAAUGCCUGUGGAGCUUCUACGUGCCAGUCUUCCUCACACUGAUGAGCACCAACGGAAACUUUUAUUGGAUUUUGGUCAACGAUCCAUGCCCAUUUCUGGUUUCAGUGUGCGUGGUGGGAGCAGUGGCCAGAUAAGCUCAGAAUCAGUUAAGGGUUAACUGAGGAUAAGAAAAGAUCAUUUAAAAGGUUUUGUUUGAAAUCCCUUCUUUAGUUGGGGGUUUCUCUGCAUAUCCCCUCUGGAUGCUUUUGUGAAUUAAAUCUGAAGGAGGGAUCUGCCUUCCAUGAUUUCACAAAGUGAAUCUGCUUGGGAACGAAGUUUGGGCACAAUGGGGGGAGUGGAUGCCAGGCAUGUGCAGUUGUAGGCACGGUUCAAGGCCUCAGUGUAAUCUUGUGCUAUUCUAGUUUACUUAGAAAAAUUUCCAUAUGAUGCUCAUUUUGACGAAUUUAUAGUCAUGCAUAAAUGUGUAUUAUGUUGGAAGUUUCUGAUGCAAGUUUGUCACUGUUAAGAUA